AUGAAAGGAGUAGUUCGAUUCAAGAAGAAAGGGAAACUAAGUCCAAGAUACAUGGGACCCUACGAGAUAAUGGAAAUAGUAGGAUCGAUUGCUUAUAGACUGGAUCUUCCGGCAGAAUUCCAGAGAAUUCAUGACGUAUUCCACGUGUAUUCCCUUAAGAAGAGUUUUGGAAAACAAUCGCUGACAAUUGUAGAUGCUGAGGAUAUUUCGUUACAACCUAACCUAAAUUAUGAGGAAAUUCCUAUUCAGAUUACUGAUUGGAAGGAGAAGGAACUUAGAAAUCAGAAAAUUCCUCUAAUUAAGGUGCUUUGGCAAAUUCACAACAUUGAAGAAGCCACAUGGGAGAAAGAAGAUGACGUGAAGACCAAAUACCAUUAUUUGUUUGGCUUGUGA